AACACACGAAGAAAAUAUUGUUUAAAACAAAACGAGACCAUAAAGCCAUUUACAACAAAAUCAUCAUCAAACUCUCCAACUGAUCUAACAACUUCAACUUCACCUUCAAUCAAUUCAGUGUCAUUUUUAUCAACAUCCACUGUAACAACAUCUUCACAGACAACCUCUACAUCCUUAACACAAUCAACUCCCAAAAAUGUAUCUACCACUGAAACUAAAGAGAGUGGAACAACAAAAGAAACCAAAACUUCACCGACAUCAACUUUCGAUUCAACAACCAUAGGACAAGGAACAAGCCCUAAACAUACUGAAUCAACUCCCCACGUAACAGAAUCAUCAACACGUGCAUCAACGCAAACCAAAACAACAAUUUCAUCUACAAAGGACAGCACUGUGCCAUAUACUACAACAACACAAUCAACAACAUCAGAAUCCAAACCCCUAGACACAAGCCAGUCAUCUACGAAGACAGUGACUCAAACUAGUACUACCACCUCAACUCCAACUUUUACUACUGAAUCUACAACAUCAGUGCAGUCAUCAACUUCUACCACUACAUCUACAACAAAAAGUCAGCCAAGUUCAUCGCCAUCAGUUACAAACCAGAAAUCAUCAUCAUCAACAACAACAACAACAAAGCCAACAGAGACAACAAGUCAAUCAUCAACAACAACUAAAAGUACAACAGAACAUCAAAGUAGUUCGUCACCAUCAGUUACAUCUCAGACAUCAUCUUUUACAACAACAACAACAACAAUAACAAAUACACCAAUAGAAACAACAAGCCACUCGUCGACAACAGUUGAAAUGAGCCAAUCCUCAACAUCAACAGUUGGAAAUCAAUCAACAGCUUCCUCAGACAGUUCAGGUUCGACAGCAUCCCACAAUGCAACACAAAGUCCUGCACAGGGUAAACCUAGUGAAAAGACUAAUGACGUGCCGC